AUGCUUGAUGCCAUCCGGGCUGAAUUCGAUAACCUUGUUCGAGAUGUCUACAUGAAUAAGACCGAAAAAGAAAAUAUCGAGCACAAAAUGACAACACAAUUGCAAGAGAUGCAUAAUUUCCAACAGACUCUUAUAGAGAUUGAGAGACAACAACAGGCCAUGAAGAAGCAAUACGAAGAAGAAAUUGCUCGACUCCGUCAACAGUUGGAGCAAGCUCAAGUUCGCGCUGGCCAACAUGCACCGAUGCCGCCAAGUAGCAGUAGCAAUAACAACAGUAACAGCAACAACAAUAGCAGUGGAUCGCAUCCACAGCCACCGCCGCCUGCGCCACCAUCUCAUCAUCAGCAACAACAACAACCACCUAGCAUUGGGCCAGGAUCAUCAAAUUAUUUUGGAGGGAUUAUGAACGCGCACGGUAACGGAAACAGCCAAGGGCCGCCACCACCUGGGUUGAUGGCGCCACCGCAAGCAGCAGCAGCAGGAGCAGGAGGAGCCGGAGAUCACGCGCUUCCUCCGCAUUAUCCCCCUUCAUCGCAAGCGCCUCCGCCCCCUCCGCCAGGUUCCGCUCCUGGCUACAUGAAUGGAUCCGGCCAAGGUUAUGGAGGAGGAUACCCACCACGUGGCAGUGGACCUGCGCCUGGCACACCCACGUCGUCACACGCGGCUCCGAUAACAACAAACGAUCCGGCUGGAACACCCAAACGCAAAUCAGCUUCAUCGAUGAACGGGCCCAUGUCGUCUGGUCCUCCUCCACCCCCACCCGGUAAUAACAGUGCUAUGGUAGCACAACAGCAACAACGAACCAAGGGUCAAAUGGGUGGUGGUGGUGGUGGUGGUGGUAGUGCAGGUGGACCUACAACGCCGGUCGGAUUAUCUGAUGUCGAUCCUGACAGUGUUCCACCCAACAUGAAGGUCGAAGGACGCGAUUGGUUUGCACUCUUUAAUCCCAAGACAUCACGCUACCUUAAAGUCGAUUUACUGCACAGCAUUGAUCAUCCUAGCGUUGUAUGCUGUGUCAAGUUUAGCGCCGACGGUCGGUGGAUGGCCGCUGGCUGCAACAGAGCAACAUACAUUUACGAUGUCGCCACUGCUAAUUUGUCAUGUGUACUUCAAGACGAUGGCGUUCAAAAAGAUGGCGACUUGUACAUCCGCUCUGUGUGCUUUAGUCCUGAUGGCAAAUACCUCGCCACGGGUGCCGAGGAUAAACAAAUUCGAAUCUGGGACAUUGGUCAACGCCAAAUCCGAAACGUUUUCAGAGGACACGAGCAAGACAUUUACUCACUCGACUUUAGUCGAGACGGUCGAGUCAUUGUGUCAGGAUCGGGCGAUCGCACUGUGCGGAUAUGGAGCAUGAUUGAACAAAAGGAAAUGCAUUGUAUUCCGAUUCAGGAUCUGGAUCAAAAGGAUCCGGGUGUGACGAGUGUUGCCAUUUCGCCCGACAGUCGACUGGUUGCUGCGGGCAGUCUAGACAAGAUGGUCCGCGUAUGGGACAUUCACACUGCCCAGCCUUUGGAGCGUCUGGAAGGCCACAAGGACAGUGUGUAUUCGGUUGCGUUCACACCGGAUGGGCGGUCGCUUGUGAGUGGUAGUUUGGAUAAGACGAUCAAGAUGUGGCAGCUAGGAAACAAUGAUGGACGAGGCUAUGGUGGUAUGGACAGAGAUCGAUCCAAGGGUCCAUGCAAGAUGACAUUUACUGGCCACAAGGACUUUGUGUUGUCGGUUGCUUGCACGCCGGACGGUAAUUGGAUUGUUUCGGGCUCGAAAGAUCGCGGGGUGCAGUUCUGGGAUCCUCGGACAGGACAGACGCAGUUUAUGCUUCAGGGACACAAAAAUUCUGUCAUCUCGGUGGCUAUAAGUCCAUCCGGACGGCCACUGUUUGCAACAGGCUCGGGAGAUAACCGCGCGAGAAUCUGGAGUUAUGAGCCACUUGGUAAGUAA